UGUGUGGCUCCGCCCCCUCUGCAGGAGUUUCUCCGCGUUGCUUCAGUCUGAUCAGAUCUCAGUCACGCAGCGCUGCUGUCUGUCGCUCUCAGUGUCUCUCUGUGAAUGAACAGAAUCACGCGUGUUUUCUGUGGGAAUCUCGCCUCAGUCGCUGCUGUCUGUUUCACUGCAGGUUUAGAUGCUGUUGAUCUCCUGACCUGCUCUGUACCGCAGACUAUGAUUAACCGCCGCCGACCCGUCUCGGCUGGUUCCGCCCGGCAGUAGAGUCCGAUCAGACGGGACGUCGAGGUCUGCGUUAAAAUGUCUGCGUGUGGCGAGUUUGCAGAGCACGUGUGGAAACCAGGCUCCUGUAAGAACUGCUUCCAUCCUCGCAGCGCCCACGGACAGACUGGCACAGCGGGCAGCGCCUGCGUCCGAACGAGUCUGAUCGGGGAAGAUGAGGAUGGGGUGACGUCUCCCUCUCCAUAUAGCAAACCCACUAUCGCUGUUAGACCCACCAUGAUGAACACGGACAUCACAAUGGAGGUCAAGACGGACAUCAACAUGAAUACAGAACAGGACAACCAGAAGACCUCUGCUGGACUAAAGAAAGCUCUGGAUUUGGCUCCUCUGUACAUCGAUAGCAAUGGAUGUAAUAGAUCUCUAAGAGAAACCAAUAUACAAAACGGGAAGAUGUUCUCCCAGAACGUUUGUUCGCCCACUGGAUUAUCCAAAGACUGCAUGAUUAUUAACAGUGUAUUUGUGAGCCAAGAAGAUGGCUGCGUUUCCCAAAGUCUGAAAGAGAACGGCAACGGUGGCCCCUAUAGACAGAUGACCAAAGCGGUCAAGAGCACUUACACCAAUGGUGAUUCAUGUCUUCACAACGUGACUCAACGAACCAAUGGAAACGGUGAUCGAGUUACGAGUCCUCUAAGAGUGUCCGUAGAGGAAAGACAAGCCAGAACCGCACCAGGGAAUGUGGUUAAUGGAACGACCAAUGGGACGCCAAGUACUUCACCAUCUCCAAUGACUCCAGACUCCUUCCAUGAAAGCCUAUCGGACUCGUGCUCCAAUCGGAGCAGCACGGAUUCGUUACUGGGUCUCCGGAGUCCUCAGAAAUCUACGAGCGCUCCACCAAACGGGCUUGAGGAAAGCGAGCCGAUCUAUGCCGAGAGCACUAAGAGGAAAAGACGAACUCCAUGUGAUGGGAAGUCUCUCCAAUCCUCCGAGUCUGAAACAGAGGUCAAUGCAAGCGACAAUCAAAGAGCAACCAUCACAGUCAUGGCCGCCCGUACUGAAGAAAAUAACCGGACGUUUUACUUGAGCAGCCCGGAUUCUGCUGUGAGCACUCAGUGGACCCACUUCAGCCCAACUGUCCCCAAAGACUCAUCAAGCCUGGCGUUUACUUGGCCAAAUUCUCCUGAUGCAACCCAAGCAAUCCCUAACUCUUCCACCCAACCCAAACCUCAAUCUAGUCCCCCGGUUCCACCUAAGAUUAACUCCCGUCCGCCCAGACUUGGAACCUCCAGCCUCUCCUUAGCACCGUUACCCGAGCUAAGCUUCAACGUAGUUCUUCCUCCAAAAGACACGACUUCCGUUCCCUCCCAAAGGGACUCCAGUGUCGUCACUGUCCCGGAGCGGAAACACAGUAAUCUGGAGGGCUGUAUUGAUGAGGUGGAAGAGGAGGCUGAGUCUGAGGGGACGGCCCAGAAAUCAGGCUCUUGUACUCGGCCGGGCGACUCCAUCAAUAGUCCCGCUGUUCGGGGGUUUGCUUCCAGAGAAUGGAAGAGCGAGAGCAGUGCGACACCAGGCACUGCCAACAAAAGCACCAGUCAGACGCAGGCUGGCGUCCCAGAGGAGGACAGCAAAGCCACCGAGAGCAUCAACACCAGUCGAGAUCCUGUGCCGCCUCCGCCACCUCCCAAAAAACACCACCGGGUCUGUAACCGUUUGAGUGGCAGUAAUAUGGAUCUGGAGCGUGUGGGUCAGCAGGGGUCAGUGGAGAAUCUGAGCCAGUCGCUGCGAGGACUGAACUGCUGCACCACCGCGUCCACAGACAGUCUGCAGGCGCUCUCUGACGCCGACUCCACCCUCCGCUCCUGCCCCUCCCCAUUUCCCAGCAGCCCGUUUGGCUCCGCCCCAGCGUCGCCGCAGCCUGACGGGUUUCCCAGCAACAGUCUCGCGCAUCAGCUGCAGCCGCCUCCGUUGCCACAGAAGAAGCUGGUAAACCGCGCCAUCUCGGCUCCCGUUGAGUCGGGCGUCAAACCGCUCACCCGCAGCCGCCCGCGCCUCCCCUUCAGCGGGUCGGAAACCAACAUCAGCAACCCCGCCACCGCACCUCCGUCCAGCCCCGUGGACCCGCGUACGCUCUUCUCCUCCAGCGAGUCCCUCGAGCGCCCGCGGACUCUGGGGAACAUCACGUCCAGCUCGUCUCCGCAGCUCAACACGCUUCCGGCUGCCGGCUCCACGCUGCAGCUGCACGCACUGCUGAGUAACAUGGACAGCCGCGAGGGCAUCUACUCCAAGCUGGGCGGCCUGUACGCGGAGUCCCUGCGGCGUCUGGCGCUGAAGUGUGAGGAGCAUUUCACCCGCAGCCAGAGGAACACACUGAGAUUCGACGAGAGCAACUGGUCACUCUUCAAACUGACCUGCAACAAGCCCAGCUGUCUGUCUGGAGACGCCGUGUAUUAUUCCGCCUCCUGCGCGUCAGAUACCCGCAACACGUACGCUGUGAAGAUCUGUAAAGGCCAGACGUCCGACAGCAAGCAGGCGCAUCUGUACGGCCUGUCGGUGCAGCAGAGCGUCCCGCCUCACUUCAGCCUGCAGCAGGACUGCGGUCACUUCAUCGCAUGCGUGCCGCAGAGCAUGUUACCCAGCGAGGAGCGAGCGCCGGGGCCGUCCGAGCAGGAGCGUGUGGUGGUGAUCACUCGCGAGGUUCCUCACCAGACCGUGGCGGAUUUCGUGCGGGAGUGGGAGUCGUUCCACCGCGCGCAGCCGGAGGUUUACGAGCGGCGCGUUUGCUUCCUGCUGCUGCAGCUGUGCACGGGACUGGAGCAUCUCAAAGCGCACGGGGUCACGCACCGCGACGUGUGCAUGGAGAACCUGCUGCUGGUGCAGCACCGCCGCUCGCCAUCCGCAGACGGGACGCGCCCCGACCCGCAGCAGCAGAGCCUCCCGCGCCUCCUCAUCAGCAGCUUCGGCAAAUCCAAACGCCGCAACGCGGACGAGGUCGCGGUUUGCGGCGACCCGCGCUUCAAGCGAGAUCACGCCCGUCUGGCGCCUGAAAUCGUCUCCGCCGCGCAGUAUCGGAAAUUCGACGAGUUUCAAACCGGCAUUCUGAUCUACGAGCUCCUGCAUCGCCGCAACCCGUUCGAGGCGACGCCGGCCCUGCGGACGCAGCAGUACAGAUGCGAGGACCUUCCGGCCAUCCCUAGCGUGUCGAUCUACUCGUCCGGCCUGCAGAGGCUCGCGCACCUUCUGCUGGAGCCCGACCCCGGCCGACGCGUCCACAUCCAGGACGCCAAACGCAUCCUGCAGGCGCUGCUGUGGGGACCGCGGCGGGACCUGCUGGAGCAGCCGUGGGUCUGCGGGAGCACGCGAAGAGCCGGUCCGCCACGGCACGAGGGGCUGCUGAACUGGCUGGACGUGAAGCGAGCGCUGCUGAUGAUGAAGUUCGCCGAGCGCUCACUGGAGCCCGAGCGAAACGCCGAGCUGGAGGACUGGCUGUGCUGUCAGUAUUUCUCCACCGCAAACCCCAAAUCACUGUGUCAAAGCGCGGAGCUCCUGUACAACCUGCCGUUCACACACUGAACCGUGACUCCCUUGAACUGGUUUUGCUCAUGAAAGCGUCUCGUGUGCAUGCGGCAUGAGAUCAGAUGUGUCUAAACACUGUGUGUCCUUCACUGGAAUCAAACACCAGCACUGACGGACGGACGUUUGCGCUUUAACAUUCCACCCUUUCAUUUAAUCUUUUCUGAUGUGUUUCUAAUGGAAUAACAAGAAAUGAUAUUCUACAUAAACAAAGACUUUAAGAUUCUCUAUUGUGACAUUUUCACGAAAAUUAAAAAGCUAAUGUGAAAUAUAUAUAUAUAUAUAUGUGUGUGCUGUCAAAUCGAUUAACUGUGAUUAAUUGCAUUUAACUUAAAUGUU